AUGGUACUGAUAUCAUUUGCUUGUCAUGUAGUUACUAAGAAGGCUGACCCCAAGGUGCUGGCUAACAAAGCUUCCAAGGCUGUCAAAGCUGGAGCAUCAACCAUUAAGAAGAAGGCUAAGAAUAUCUGCACAUCAGUCAUAUUUCACAGGCCAAAGACAUUGCAGAAGGACAACGAGGAGACGGAUAGGAACCCAGACACGGCGAAGAAUAUGCAUAUGGCGUUGAAGACUGAUGAGGAUAAUAGAAUGAUGAUGUACUGUCAGAAGAAGAUCAAGACGGAUACUAAGAAGAGCCCAGAUGAUGAUGCAAGUUUUAUGAAUAUUGAUCCCAAGUAA